AACACGCAGCUGCGAGGAGCGGACAGACGCGGAAAGGCUGCGAAGAGCGGACAGACGCGGAAAGGCUGCGAGGAGCGGACAGACGCGGAAAGGCUGCCCUCUAGCGGAGAGCAGAGAGAGGACUCCGCGGCGGGGGGGGGGGGGGGGGGGGAGCCCGCGCGGGAGGAGCAGCAGGUCUGAGGCUGCUCGGCGGUGCCUGGAGCUUAAAAGGAUACACAAGACGUCUGCCACCACCUUUUGUGGCACUUAAGGACCCCGGAGAGGGGAAGAUCUGGAUCAGGCUGUGUCUAGAGCUGGGGCAGCCAUGGGAGGAAGGAGGAGAGCAGAGGUGGGGAGGGGGCGUUGCCAGGAAACUGGAGCUCCUUGUUGGUGUCAACCAAGACAGGCAAGGCUGUUCCAGGCAAAAGUGAGAAACCCGUUGUUGUUUAGGCAGGGCUGUCAAUAAUUAACUUCUCUGCAAGGUGUGGCUUUCAUGAGGACGCCAUCAGUAAACUUCCAGGUGACACAUUUCCACAAGGAAGAGGACAUGGAGAGAUGCCCCUGCUGAACUGCCAGUUCCUCAAGAGUUACCGGGAACAGCGCCUGGCCCACUUGGUCCUGAGCUUCAUGACCAUGGGCUAUGUCUGGCAGAGAGGAGAGACACAGCCCGAAGAGGUUCUGCCAAGAAAUCUUGCCCUUCCCCUUGUUGAAGUCUCCAGAAACUUGGGGCUCCCUCCUAUCCUGGUCCACUCAGACCUGGUGCUGACAAACUGGACCCCUAGGGAUCCAGAAAGACCCUUGGAAAUUGGGAACUUGGACCUCAUUGUCUCAUUUCCUGGGGGAGAGAGCCUGCGUGGCUUUAUACUGGUGACUGUUUUGGUGGAGAAGGCAGCAGUGCCUGGGAUUAAGGCGCUUGUUGAGGCAGUAAAUGCCAUCUCGCAGCGCAGCCAGAACGCCCUGCUCCAAGCCCUGCAGCGACUGAGACUCUCCAUUCAGGAAAUCACCAGAACCUUAGGACAAAUGCACGAUUAUGUUGAUCCAGACAUAUUUUAUGCAGUCAUCCGGAUCUUUCUCUCUGGAUGGAAGGAUAACCCAGCAAUGCCUGUGGGGUUGAUCUAUGAAGGAGUCUCCACAGAGCCCCUGGAGUACUCUGGAGGGAGUGCAGCUCAGAGCACAGUGCUUCAUGCCUUUGAUGAGUUCUUAGGCAUUUGCCAUAGCAAGGAAAGUGCCGACUUUCUGCAUAGGAUGAGGGAGUACAUGCCUCCUUCCCAUAAGGACUUUAUAGAAGAAAUCCAGUCAAGUCCCUCACUGAGAGACCACAUCUUGUCCUCUGAAAAUAGCCAACUUCUGACAGCCUAUAAUCAGUGUGUGGAGGCCCUGGUGGACCUGCGCAGCUAUCACAUCGCUGUGGUGACAAAAUACCUCAUCACAGCGGCUGCCAAAGCAAAGGGCAGGAGGCCAAACCCUCUCCCUGGGCCAUCUCAAGCCCUAGAAGAGAGGGGCACAGGCGGGACUGUAGUUCUGAGCUUCCUGAAGAGUGUCAGGGAUAAGACCUUAGAGGCAAUUCUCCACCAACGUGAUUAAGAGACUGCCUUCUGCCCAACAAUGCAAAACCAGCAAACACGGGUUUUUCCCUUACCCUCUCCCCCAUUGGAGGGCAUGUGGGCCCAGAGAAUAAGAAUGUCUGGAAUAAUCUGAAAGGGACCUCAGCCUUAGUUAUUUUCCUGCUCCUCCUUUGUUGAGAGCUGUUAGUCUUCACAGAGAAGAAUUUUCAUGGCCAGAGACUUUCCUUUCCCUACCUGAUUACUGGUUAAUAGCGAACGGGUUUGGACACUUCCUCAUUCAGAACCCCACAGAGGAGUGAGUUAGUCCUAUUCUAUUUGCAAAGUGAUAGAAAAUCAAUCUAAAUUUCCAAAACCAAAUAAAAUUGCCUGUAGACAGAUCCCCUUGUUGAUUUCUUUAAAAAGCAAGUUAAAUAUUCAUGCAUUCAUUCAUUCAGUUAAAAACUUAUUAUGUUCCUACUGAACACUGGUUUAGGGAUUAGAGCAGAGAUUUUUUUGUGGCCCCAGUCCAGCCUUCUUCUUCUCCCUGUGUGUGCUGAGUCUGUGGCAGGAGGUUGGAAAUGCUCCAGUGGUGAAGCGGAGGAAAGAGGAGGCUCACGUAAGUCUUAGAAGUCACCAGUAUAGCAAUGAAUAGUUAAUGAUGUGGGAACAGAUAAGGCUCUUCCACAUGGUUCAUCAAUUUGCAAAUUCUAUUUUAAUUUCCUUCUUUAUUUUUAGAAGAAUGAUUCUUUCUCCCUACACUGAAAGUUUGUAUUUGUAAAAUGAAUUAAUUGACCCGUUGAAAGUAAAUGAUCAAAAUGGGAAUAAAUGGUAAAUCCACGUGGUUC